ACUUGUUUACUUACUUUAAAUUAUCCUCUCAAGUCCAAUCGGGUAGCCGUGAUUCUACAACAUUCCAUGACUAUCUUUUCAUUACAUUUGUGUUGCAUGUUCUGAGUUUCAUGCUCUAGUCUCCUAAAGUCUCGUGAAUUGCAAUAUAUCUUGGAAGUAGUAAAUAUUGUGUCAAAAUGGAAGUGUUACGGUUGUAUCAUCAUCUGAACAAAGGGUUGGGACAUACCUCAUCAUACCUCCUAAAUCUUUUCACAAAAUUAGAGGUGGAUCUAGGAAAAUACCAUAAUUUAUUAGUAUUCUGCAUACCAGCAAUUUUGUUUGGAAUGUUAAUGGGGCUCAUUGUGAUGUUCGUCAGAAAAUAUAAAUCCAAAGAGUUCCUGCCAGAAGUUAAGCAGUUUGUUGGAAUAGGUUCAGGAAAACCUAGAUUCCGCAAAAGGGAUAGAGUUCUAUUCUAUGGUCGAAAAAUGUUAAGAAAGAUGAGAUAUCUAUCAGGUCAGGUGCGUGGUGGCCAGGGUAAGAAACGGAAAAUGGUCAUGAAAUUUGCACGAAAGCUGUUACGCAUGAAGAAAGAUAAUCUGCCACCACAACUGAAGGUUUUAGAACCUCCAGCAGAAUUUUUGCAAGAGGAUAUCUCAUCAGAUGACAAACGAGUACCAUCUGAUGCUUUUUAUAUGUUAAGAAGUAUAAGAAUUUUUGGCACUUUUGAAAAACCAAUAUUUUUAAAGCUUUGUAGUCGCACUGAAAUUUUGAAACUUUCAGCUGGAAGUUAUCUAUUUAAAAUAGGUGACCCAGAUGAAAACAUUUACAUCGUGCAAGAUGGGAAAUUGAAUGUAACCAUACAAACCCUGGAUGACAGCACAGUUGAAUUCAAAAUAGUGAAAUCAGGAGAAAAUGUUUUUUCGUUGCUUAGUUUCACAGAUGUCCUCACGGGACGAGUAAGUAAAUUUAAAUCCGUAUCUGCAAGAGCUAUUGAAGAUUCUACAAUUUUGAAACUUCCCAUGGCAACUUUUCAAGAAGUUUUCAAAGAAUACCCUGACUUCCUGGUGCGUGUUCUCCAGAUCAUUAUGGUGCGGCUGCAAAGAGUCACGUUCACAGCUCUGCAUCAGUACCUAGGCCUUAGUGCUGAGCUUUUUGCAUCUAGCCACAAGAGAAAAAUCACUCUCACUUCACCAUCAAGACCAAAACAUCUGGAUAUCUCAGUGAUCGCAGAAGAAUUUCCUACCCAGGAAAAUGCAAAUACUGCUAGUGAAAACAAUCGUCACCCUCAAGGAGGCUCAGAAAUAAUGAAUUCUAGUCACCCUGUCCGCAGACAUCGUCGUGUUGGCUCCUACGGUGUUGAAUUCAGUCUACCACCUGAUGUGACAGAAUCUUCCUCACCAUCUCAAAAUCUGGCUGCACCAGAUAUUCAACAAAGUGUUUCGACAUCGGUUACCCCACAACCAAAGCCUCAUCGAAAUGUUGGGGCAGAUUUUGGAGAUGAAGAGCAAAUGUUGAAAAAAGCCUAUGAGGGAUUGAUCAAGGAGCUAGGAUUGGAAGAUUCUCCGCAAUUGCUGGAAGGCAGAGUAGAAAUGAGAGAUGUCUCCCCUGGCACUUACCUAAUGUGUGAAGAUUCUCAUAAGGAUGUCGCUUUCAUCUAUUUAAUGUCUGGCGCUCUCGUUGUGUCUCAAUCUAUGUACACGGACCCUGGAAAUGAUGUCCAUUUGUACACUGUCUAUCCGGGUGAAGUUGUUGGCGCGUUGGCCGUUGUAACCGGAGAACCAAGCUUUUUCACCGUGCGAGCUAAACAUACCAGCUGCAUAGCUUUUUUAUCCAAGAAUACUGUCUUCUCGUUGAUGAGAGAACGACCAUCGGUAGUGCUUCAUUUAGCGCAUAGUAUUGUUAACAGAUUAUCUCCGUUUGUGAGGCAAGUCGACUUUGCAUUAGACUGGGUUUUCCUUGAAAGCGGACGUGCUGUUUACAGGCAAGGUGACGAAUCUGAUAGUACUUACGUUGUUUUAAGUGGUAGAUUAAGAUCUGUAAUCACCCAUGAAAAUGGCAAGAAAGAGCUAGUGGGUGAAUAUGGUAAAGGCGAUUUAAUUGGUAUCGUGGAAAUGGUCACUCAAAAUCCUCGGAGUACCACUGUCAUGGCUGUUCGAGAUUCUGAACUAGCUAAACUACCAGAGGGAUUGUUCAAUGCAAUGAAACUGCGAUUUCCGAUUGUUGUCUCACGUUUGAUAAAUUUACUGGGGCAGAGAAUUUUAGGUGCAUGGCAAAAACCCAAAUUAGCUUUAGCAGCUCCGACUGUUGAUUCCACUCUACCGCAAGGAAACUUCUCAACUGUUGCGCUAGUUCCAGCUUCAGAUGAUGUACCCAUUACUGCAUUCACUUACGAGCUUUACCAUGCUUUGAGCGCAAUAGGUUCAACUGUAAGACUGACAUCAGACGAGACCAAAAAAAUUCUUGGAGAGGGCAUUUUUGAAUCGAGUAAUGAGUAUCGUCUUACUUCUUGGCUGGCUCAGCAAGAAGAUCAGCACCGAGUCGCUUUAUAUCAGUGCGACUACACAUUUACUCCCUGGACUCAAAGGUGCACUCGGCAAGCUGAUUGUAUUCUAAUUAUCUGUCUAGGAGAUAAGCCACCCAGCAUAGGCAAGAUUGAAAAGGAAGUGGAGAAAUUAGCGAUACGGACACAGAAAGAACUAGUGCUUCUUCACAAAGAAGGAGGGGAGAAACCAAACAACACAGUUGCAUGGUUGAAUAUGCGAACCUGGGUCUCACAUCACCAUCACUUACUUUGUAAGAAGAGAAUGUUUGUGAGACACAGUGUACAUAGAAUUAAUGAAUUAUACAAUAAAGUUCUCAUGUCAGAACCAAACAUUCACUCAGAUUUCUCAAGAUUGGCACGGUGGCUAACUGGUCAGUCGGUUGGACUAAUUUUAGGUGGUGGGGGUGCUAGAGGUGCUUCUCAUGUUGGUAUGGUGAAAGCCAUUCAGGAGGCUGGAAUUCCAAUCGAUCUAGUGGGUGGUGUCAGUAUAGGUGCCUUCAUGGGUGGACUAUGGUGUCAGGAACGAGACAUAACUACCAUGACCCAAAAAGCAAGAGACUGGUCUAUUAAAAUGACAAACGUUUGGAGGAAGCUCUUAGAUCUAACGUAUCCUGCAACGUCCAUGUUUACUGGCUGUGAGUUCAACGAAUCAAUUCGUGCUACUUUCGGUGAUACGCAAAUAGAAGACUUAUGGUUGCCUUACUUCACUGUCACAACUGAUAUAUCUGCCAGUGAAAUGAGAAUUCACACUCAUGGAUCUUUGUGGCGUUAUGUGCGCGCAUCUAUGUCUCUCUCAGGGUAUUUACCGCCUCUGUGCGACCCUGUCGAUGGUCACCUCUUGCUCGACGGAGGCUACGUCAAUAAUUUGCCAGCUGAUAUCAUGCGAAGUCUUGGUGCUAAACAUGUGCUUGCAAUUGAUGUGGGCUCUGUUGAUGAAACAGAAUUAACAAAUUAUGGGGACUCUUUGUCUGGCUGGUGGCUGCUGUGGAAACGAUUUAAUCCAUUUGCUGCUGCUGUCAAAGUCCCUAAUCUACCUGAUAUUCAAUCCCGUUUGGCCUAUGUGUCUUGUGUACGACAGCUCGAGGUUGUCAAGAAUAGUUCCUAUUGUGAAUACAUAAGACCACCGAUUGACAAGUACAAAACAUUACAGUUUGGAAGUUUUGAUGAAAUCAAGGAUGUUGGAUAUCAUCAUGGAAAAACUUACUUUGCUGGACUAAUGAAAGGCGGUCCCCCGCCUUUCUUGAAGUACUCUGAGAAAAACUUAAUCAAAAGAGAUAGAUCUGUUCCUCAAUAUCAAAACUACACUUUCACUGAUCUCGCUGAAAUGGUGUGCUCGUUCAAAACAAUGUCUUACGAAGAACUUUCAUCCUCCACAUCCUCCGAGUAUGAAGAUGAUGACCACGAAGGUGGCUACCAUUCAGAACCUGCUCACAGCGUUUCAGAUAUGAAAUUUCCGGAUCGAGGCACGAGAUCAGUUUCUUCUGAAACAGAAGAGAUGGAAUGAAGUCUCCUCCUAAUUGCCAAAGUUACUCUAAUUUAAUUGUACCUACCUACCGUUGAAGGAACUGAUUAAUGAAUACUUUAAGUCAUUUUUGAAGAUACCACUUAUUUUGUGUAAUUUGUUUUAUAUUGAGUUUGUAUAAUGUUGCUGUAAUAUAUAUUUUCUAAAAUCUA